UACCUUUCCAUUCCCGACUAGCAGUUACUAUCUCGCUACUACAGAACAGUCGUAAUCGCUCAGAUUCGAGCGUCAGAGCCAAUAAAACGAUUAAUCGAGACUGGGUUGCGGUUCCCGACUUUAAUCAUGUUUUGAUAAAAUUCGUGCCGGAAAUCGUUCGUCUAGGCUUCAGCUGACGCAAGGAAGUCUUAUCCAUUCGGCUUAAUCAAUGUUCUACAACUUGUCCGACAAACAUUUACUUAUUGCUUUUCGAAGCCAACAGUCACGAGUUAUAGGCAUAGUGAAAUUUGCUAUUUUAAAAUGGCUGGUGCAAUCAAUACACACUCAACUGUCGCAAUAUUAUUUCUAUUUGUUUCGCUUUCUGCCCUUCUGCCCUUCGCUGCAGAGGCAGCUCGGUGUGAUGGACUUCCGGGCGGAACCUUGCUGAUUCAUGAAAGUUUUGCAGACUGUAAUCGGUACAUUGCCUGCCAACAUGACACCGAUCACGAGUGGUACUGUCCUACUGGGGAAUUUUUCAAUCCACGUAACCUACAAUGUGAAGCCACCUGUCCAACGGGAAGAGAAACCUUAUGGUGUGCUGGAGUGCCGGAUGGUGCAUUCAUUCGCGUACCACCGACGCAGGCUCCUAAUUGUCAACAAUACUACACGUGUUUUGGAGGAAACAUGUUCUUGAACACAUGUCCCCAAGGGUUUUUCUUCUCCCAACUGCUCCAGGCAUGUACUUUUAGCCAAGAUGAUUGCUAAUAUUGUCACUAAUUGUCUAAUAUAACAAUAAAGUUACUACACACUCGGAUAACAUGGCAUAAUUGUGUUGAAGCUUUUUUAGGGUGGCAUGAGUAAGUAAAUAUAAAACGGGCAAAUAUCUUACGAAAAGGAGAAUAGUAAAUUCCUUCAAGAAUUAUGCAUGUUUUCACGCUUAAAAAAUAAACACUAAAAUUAAAAAAAAAUGGAAAAAGAGGUUUAACAGAGGACUGUUAAGAAUAAGUUGCGUUUUGAAAGAUCGGAAUGCUAGUUUUGAAGAAGUUUUUACGAAUUUGUAUCAACGUUGUAUCGAUCAUUUACAAGGUUAAUCAAUUAUCAAAUAUUUUCAACGAACUGGUGGUAUAUUAUUUUUAUCACCAGACAUACCAAAACUACCACAUGGCGUAUUUAUUUUAACGAUUCCCGACAAUAUCACAAGGGCAAUAAAGGGAUUUUCUUUUUCACAAUCAUUAUUGAACCAGAUUUGAUAAAAUACAGACGAUAAGCGUCUGGCAACGUAGAGACGCAAUUAAACACGUCUGGUGAUUGCGUUCCAUAAUAGUACGUGUAUUACCUAGUAGGUGAGCAGUAAUGAAAGGGCUCUUGUUGAUCGUCGUAGCAGUCAUCCUGCUUGUCACAGGGACUAAAGCCUUCUUCUGCGAUGGCAUACCGGCAGGAAUGAGACUACGGUUCCCAUUGCCGGAAAUAUGCAACGAAUACAUUUCCUGCCAUCAUGGCACCGAACACGAGUGGCGUUGUCCAGUGGGUCGCUUCUUUAGCCAACGUGCCCAGCGCUGUGUGGACGCGUGCGAUCCUACCGAAACGAUCAAUAUUUGCGCCGGACUGAUCAAUAAUAUACUGCUACGACCACCGCUGUCGGAGUUUCCCUUCAGCUGUCGGCGCCACUAUCAGUGCAUUGGCGGAAACAUGGUUUCGCGAGAGUGUCCGCCCGGAACGUUCUUCUCGCAGCUUGCCCAAGGAUGUGGUUCAGUUAGGGAAGAAUUUUGCAUCCCAGAUUAAUAGAUAGUGCCCCGAUCGCUGUCGUUUCGUUCAAACAAUGGCGAUAUAUGUGCUUACAAUAAAACUUAAAUGUUACCACUGCUAUAAA